ACUCUCGCGAGCGACGAACAAGUCGACGCGUUAUCUACGUUCUUGGUGCCCGCAGCUAACACGCUCGCCGCCGGUAUGGAGUGAGGUGUUCGGCCGGACGAGUGACGGAUACGCGCGGGUAGUGGAUGGCCCUGGCUUUGUCGAUCAGACCGGACUAUCGCGCACCAUCGGGGAUUCCUCUUCUUUCGCAGGCGCCGCACCCGUGACGGCGGCCGGGGCUUGAUGCCCCCCGCGCCGUGGGCCGGCCGAGCCAAGACCGGCGCGCAUGGCCAUCACUAUGUUCCUGGACAGCAUCUACCUUAACUGGGUGCAGCGACGUUUCCAGAAUGUGUCGGCAGACGCAGCACGGCUCCUGCGCGAGGCCAACCAGGACCCGGCCACGCUGCCCAACCAGAGCUCGCCGCUCAACGCCUACCUGUCCCGCAACCCCGUCCUCCAGCUGCUCCAGCGCAACAGUACCUGGCUCAGUCUGCUGGGCAACUCGAGCGGCGAGUCCAGCGGCGUGUCUCGCUACGCCAACAACAGCCGCGGCUCCGCCGCCUUCGACGCGGACGUGGGCGUCCGCGACUACUAUCCGUACAUCGUCAUCGCUAUGGCCCUGUCCCUCAUGUUCCUGGUGCUCAUCUGCGCCGCCUACUGCGUUCUGCCCGAACUGCGCAACACGCACGGCAAGAACCUCCUGUCGCUGUCCAGCUGCUUCAUGGUCCUCUACGUGGGCUUCAUCGUCGACUUCACCCUGCGGUCGCGCAUCCCGCAGCGGCUGUGCCAGGCGCUGGCCGUCGUCCAGCACACCAGCUUCCUCGCGGUGUUCUUCUGGACGAACGUGAUGGCCUUCGACGUGUGGCAGGCCAUCGUGACGCUGCGGCCACUGGCCAACCCGCGCAUCCGCCAGGACCAUUACUGGCAGUACGCCGCGUACGCCUGGACGGCCACAGUGGUGGUGUCCGCGCCAGCGCUCCUCUUCCAGUUCACGGACCUGGUGCCGCACGAGUACCGGCCCCGGUUCGGCGAAAAGAAGUGCUGGCUCAGCGGAUACCUCGCGUACGCGCUCUACUUCAAUCUGCCCGUGGGCAUCAUCCUGCUCUGCAACGUCGUCAUCUUCGGCAUGACCGCCUGGGCACUCUACAGGGCCAAGACCCUCCAGAAGGUCACGCUCCAGGCCGAGCAGCAGAAGCAGAUGUUUUACCUGUACGUCAAGCUCUCCCUGGUCAUGGGCAUCAUCUGGGUCUUCGAGUUCAUCCCCUGGAUCACGGGCUACCACAAGCUCUACGGCCUGGCGGGCAUGCUCAACUCCCUGCACGGCCUCUACCUUUUCUUCAUCUUCAUCUUCAAGCGCAAGCUGCUCAGCCAGAUGCGCAGCCGUCUCUCCUGCUGCGCAAAGCCCAAGGGCGCGAGCACCAUGGCCAAAAAGUCCUCCUGCACCACACUCACGUCCAUCUCGAAUUGCACACUGAACGCCGAGCCGUAGCUGGACUACUUCGGAGCUCCGUGCGAUCAAGCUUCGGUGCUGUGUUGACUUCACGCGGGACCGAAAAUAUCGGCGAAGUAUAAUCCACAACACGUGUACGACUGCGCGUGUGUGUAAGGGACAACAGUGACUUAGCCUUAAGCGCUGAAACGUAUUUAUAAGGAACUCAUCCGCUAGCGGGAAAGUGUUUGGUCGCGUCGUUGGGGUCGUUGCAAUGUUUAGCCGCUUGUUUAGGACUCAGAAAGGGGCUUACCAGGAACCUCGUGUACUAUAGCACUUUCUUGCGACGGACCGCGGAGGACGCUACGACCCAUCUAGACCAAUCCAAUGUUACGCGAACGUCACGUGACCUUCGGGAGGAGCACAGCGAAGCGUGGGGUCACGUGACACGUUCAGUGUUCGAUUGGCUGGGAUGGCUCGUAGGGUCCGUUGCUGUCCAUCGAAAGAAGAAACGGAGCGUAGCGCUGCUAGGCCAAGACAAGUUUGAAGGUAAUCAGACGCACCAACAAAUGUCUCAGGAGCUUCGCUUUUUUUUUUUUUUUUCCUUCAUAAUGUGCCACGUGUUACGUAAUGUCCAUGUCUACCUUUGGAUUCCCUUGAAGUCUCACAUUAGGAACCGGAAGACUGAAACAGAAAGCAAUGCAAAUCUACUGCUGAAGUGUAAAAAAAACAAAAAACACUGCCAGUUGUAUUGAUACCACCUAGAAUAAUCAAAGCCUGUGCACUAAAAUUUAUGACGUCAUCCCAGUGAGAUCCAGCGAUGACAAGAGAUUGGAUACGAGUGCUACGUCAGUAAUCGGCUAGGUCUCGCGUCCAAUCAGAGCGUCGAAGAACGCUCGGCUUCGGGCUAGGGUCCAAUUGCCAAGUUGGUGCCGUCUGAUUCUGAUAACGUUCCAUAGAGUGGGGCGUCUGGAUACGCUUUCAUUAUUCUAGAUGGUGGUGGCGGUGGUUGUAUGCGGAGUGGGUUGCUUGGUCAGAGUGCAUAGUCUGUAGCCAGACUGCCCGAUGAACUCGGAGCAAUCGUGGCCACCACUGGUUGGAGCACCACUGCGAACAGUAUGUACAAAGCGCGAAUGCGUUAUCUUUGUGGGCAAAUCGCAAUGAAAGGCCGGGUAUCCUGAAACAAAAUACGACAUUUUGGGGGGCUUGUCGGUCAGACUAUGUCUGCAGUAGAAGUCCUCACGAAGCCCGCUCUCUUGCAACGUUCACACUGCCACACGAGCUGGAUGUGGUCAAAUGUGCUUAUCACCUUUGCUUUUCACUGUAAUCUCAAUGUCUGCCAAAGAUGUAAGUUGUUGUUCCAUUGCAAGUUCAAACCUUACCUAUCUUUCACGGGUGCUUCAAACAGUGAAGAGUCGCUUGCGAAGAAAAUUCAUUCCGUAAUAUUUAUUAUAUGUGCUAGAAAAAAAAAAAAAAAAAGGAAAACUCAUCUAAAGGUGUAAAAACAUCCAUCUCCAUUGUUCACCAAGCAACACGCCACGCAAAUAUGUACCGCACGAAAAAAAGAAAAGUACUCAUUGCACAAUUCUUGAAGAGAUCUUCAAAGUUUACACUCGAAGAGAUUUACGACUUUGUACAGAUUAGUCUGCACACACUGUAAAGAAAGAGAUGUCUCUUUUCCCAGCUCUGCCUGGCGUGUCACGCUAUAAAAGAUUCUAAAAGAAGAGUUAAAAAGAAUACAACGCUUUGUGAAAACCGA